UUAUCCUCAAUAUUUUUUAUCUAUCCUCUUUGUAGAAAUUAUAACUGGUCUGGCAAUUACAGAACGUGCUGGCUGGUCGGGUUAGCUGGAAGGUUUUCGUUCUUCGUUCAAGAUGGCCAUCUCGACUAUGUUACGCCGUACCGGCCGUACAUUAAUAAACGGUACGCUGUAUUCUGCUGCUGCGCUCCGUCUUGCUUCGACCCAACCUGAAAAAAAAGUAUAUUUCGAUGUCACCGCUGACGGCGAAUCCCUGGGUCGCAUAGUGAUAAAACUGGAAACUGAUUUAGUGCCUAAAACAUCUGAGAAUUUCAGAGCCUUAUGCACUGGCGAAAAGGGAUUUGGGUACAAAGGCUCUUCAUUCCAUAGGAUCAUUCCCAACUUUAUGUGCCAAGGAGGAGACUUUACUAACCAUAAUGGUACAGGUGGAAAGUCUAUUUACGGUCGUGUUUUCCAAGAUGAAAACUUUAAGCUGAAGCAUACUGGCCCAGGCAUUUUGUCAAUGGCCAAUGCUGGUCCUAACACAAACGGAUCUCAAUUCUUCAUCACCACUGUACCUACGCCGUGGCUUGAUAAAAAACAUGUAGUAUUUGGGGCCGUUGUUGAAGGUAUGGAUGUGGUUAGUAAAAUGGAAGGGUUUGGAUCUAAAAGUGGAAAGCCUACUAAGAAACUAGUUAUCUCUGAAUGUGGUGAAAUUCAUGAAGAGCUUGCAGCGAAAAAAGUGGUUCAGUGAAUUUCAUAAUGUUCUAUAGGUAGUCUAAAUGUGCAGUUUUU